AUGAGGAGUGCUUGCCCCCAGCUUGGUGGUAGGCAAACAUGUCACAGAUGUGGGCAGGAAGGCCACUUCAUCAGAAAUUGCCCCACUGGCAGGGGUACAGUGUCUAGACCUUCAACGCAGUCACAGCCACAACAGACACGGGGAAGUGCUAGGCCCCAGGCAGUUGGUCGAGUGUAUGCCAUGACAGGUGCAGAGGCAGACAGAUCAGGUAACCUCAUCAUUGGAUCUUGUGUGAUUGGCAGUAGGAGUUUGUGUGUGUUAUACGAUUCGGGAGCGACACACUCUUUUGUGUCGGAGUCUAUAGUGAGGGAGUUGGGUCUCCCGGUUAGGGAACUUCUAUACGACCUGGUAGUGUCUACGCCCUGCUUCUGGGAUGGUCAGAACCUCGACGUUAUGUGCUAG